AAGUGAUAGGAAAUACUAAAAAAAAUUAUUUGCAGCAAACAGUGAGUUAGUAUAGCCCUGUUCGAAUCAAACUGUUCGUCUCUGGAGAACAAAACAGGCUUUCCUUCUCAAGGCUAAAACCCUAAAAUCCAGCUUACUGCUGCCAGUUCAGCUUUUGCGUGAAGGAGAAAGUACACACACAUACUUUAGAAACUCUUGGGAGAACUCCAGGAUGCCCCAGGAAAACCUAAAGAUAUGAAGACAUUAAGAUCCCAGGAACAUACAGUCCUAUGUCUGUUGGCUUGGAGUUGCCUAGAAUUUACUUUGAGCGAAGCUAUUGAAUCCUCAACAACCAUCUCUGCGGAGGAGACUGUCAUAAGGAAAUUCCGUAAAGAUGCUGCCAAUGGGACUGCUUCACAGGUCAAUCUUUCAGCUCAGUGCACAUUUCUCCUUCCUCCAAGCUAUGGGUUCUACUACAUUGAAGCAGGCUCUGGAAGCUCCUUGGGCUCCAUUAUCACCUACUGGUGUGCAGAGGGAUAUCAGCUUGUGGGAUACGGACGGCUGACCUGUUUGCUUAAAGGAAGCGUCUCUUACUGGAGUCAUUCUCCACCACAUUGUGAAGUGAUUCCAAAACCCCUAGACAGAGGUUUUCGGGUGGCGGUCAUCGCCUCUCUCAUCAGCGGAGUCAUCAUUGUUGCCAUGUCAAUCUCAUUUGCCAUUUGUUGCUUGCGAGACAAAAUACUGAGGGGAAAUACACAAAGGAGUGAAACCUGUGAGGUGCAAUUGCCAAAGAGAAGAUUCAAGUUUGGGAGAGCCAACUCCAUAAAGCAGGAGAUGGAGAAAAACAGGCGUCACUUUGGGAAAAUGAAACAUAAUCGCAGGCUUCACUACCGGACUUCCGCCCUGUACAGUUGUGCACAUCCAGGGGCUUUGGCAGGAUACAGUAACCAAGAAUUUCACAGAAGCCAGGAAAAUCUGCAGAAAUGGGCUCCGCAAAGCUUAUGCUCUGAAAUCCACAUCUUUCCGCAAGUUGUGUUGAAGCCAGCCACUGCUCCAUCUGCCUCUAUGUUUGUUCAUUUGCCUCAGAAACCAGGAGAUGUUCCCUUGAAUGUGAAACCCUGCUACCCCAAUCUCCGCCAGGACUUACCUUCGGUUUAUUACAGAAGAUUUGAAGGACUCAGCCAUCUGAACAAGCACUGAGGGCCUUCAGUCUGGAAUUAUAUAUAACUUGGUUUAUUAGAAAGAAUAAUGUUUUCAGACAUUACCACAGGUCAUCAUUGUCAUGCUGAUUUUUUGAUCUUAUAUGCAUAUGCAUUUAAUGUUUCUUCUGCAACAACUUAGCCAGUUUGAGGCCAGAAUUAAGAAGCAUUCCUUUCUAUAAUCUCAAUUCUCUCACCCCAGAAGCGACUUGCAGUUUCUCAAGUCGCUCCUGACACACACACACACACACACACACACACACACACACACACACAAAACUAAUUCAUUGACAAGAUAUGGCAGUCUACUGGACUUGACAACUUAUAUUUUCUGACAAGAAAUUUUGAGAAAUCACCUAAAGCAGUGGUUCUCAACAACCCCAGUUGUCUUGGCCUACAACUCCCAGAAAUCCCAACCAGUUUACCAGCUGUUAGGAUUUCUGGGAGUUGAAGGCCAAAACAUCUGGGGAUCCAUAGGUUGAGAACUACUGACCUAGAGAAUUCUCUCACAACAGAAAAACAAAUGGUUUAAUGCAUACACACUGGUCAGUGCAGGCAAUGCAGCAAACAAGAACUAAAAGCACAAAAAGCACCUUGCUAGAUCAGACCAAGGGUCUCUCUAGUCUAGCAUUCUGUUACAUAGUGACCAAACAGAUGCCUAUGGGAAGGCUAUAGGCAAGACGAAAAAACCAUAGCAUCCUCCUGCUUGGGUUCCCUCACAACUGAUAUACAGAACCAUACUGGGAUAGAGCUGGUGAUGGAUAGAGAUAACAUCUUAAAGAGUUUCUCUGGACACCGCCAUAUCCUGAAGCAGUAGAUUCCAUAAUUUAGCUAUGGUCAUGAGAAGGUGUACUUGUUCUCAGGCUACAACAUAGUGUACAACAAUUUGAGAUUUGGAACUAGUCACAGUUAACUGGCUUAUUGUUUUCUAAAAAUAUAUACUAGUUUCUUUGGGUACUGGCUAACCACUGUCACUUAUAUUAUGCUAGACCACAAGCCUUGCCAGGUGUUCAUACAAGAGUUCACCAAGGAGUACGGAGAACAUCCCUACUCAUUUGUACCAACUGUAUAUCUGCUCAAAAUCACCAUCACCACAAGAGAGCAGUAGACUCGUUGAAACUAUGACGGAGCACUUUUAUGUUCUACCUUUUUCCUCACUAAAACUAAGAGAAGUAGCUGGAGCUAUGCUGUGUAACAAGAACUGUAUGCACCAGUUUAAUUCCUCCUUUGCAAUUCAAAUUCCAUCUUCCAAGAAAAUGGCAUACUGUUUCAUAAACAAUAACCUGUUAAAACAGCAUGACUAAGACAAGGAGAUCCAAAGGGCGAUGUACUUAGCACAUCUAACACUAGCUCAAUAAAAACUAAUGUUGGUUGUUAAGGAAUAAAAAUAUUGAAAAGACUAAGAA